GAGUGUGUGUGGAGACAGAGCAGGAGGACAGUGUGUGUGUGUGUGUGUGUAGUGGCUGUGUGGACAUGUCAAACCCCAUUGUGGCAGCCUGAUCCAGAGGGUGGACGUGGUUGAUGCUUGACAUGAUGAGGAUGAAGUCUGGACUUUUUCUUUUGCUGGCCCACUGGGUGGUCUGCAAUGAUGCUUGGUUCUGGUCCCGGACUCCUACUACAGCACAGCCCCCAACAGUGGACCAUGAGGGCUCUGGCAUUCCAGCAGGAAGUGGAGAACUGCCACUGGAAAGCAGUGGGAAACUUGGAGGAGAGCUCAUUAACGAAGGACUUGUGAUCCAAACAGCUGUGCCGACCUUGGAUGAACCCAGGGAUCCUCGGCCGACAUCUGUAACACCUGCUACACCACCUGAGAAAGAACAUGCAACAUCAGAAAGGGCCACUGCAGCGACCUCAGCGGUCAUACGUAAACCUGGUAAUGGCACAUCUUCAUUCAAGGAAGACAACGGAGUCUCGCUGCUGCAACUAAUUGGGGAUCCUCCGCCAAAUGAAAUCAUCCGAGUCUAUGGACCAGACAACACCCCCGGUUACAUCUUUGGUCCAGAUGCCGUCAUGGGCCAACUGGCACGCGCCCACUUCCCCAGCCCCUUCUACCGAGACUUUUCCUUUAUCUUCAACCUGAAACCCACCUCUGACAGGGGCGGCGUCGUCUUCUCCAUCACAGAUUACAAACAGCAGAUCAUGUACGUGGCUGUCAAACUGUCGGCCGUGCAGGGUGGCCAGCAGUAUGUCAUCUUGUACUACACAGAGCCCGACUCCCAGCAGUCCUACGAGGCAGCCCGCUUCCGGGUGCCCUCCAUGAGGGACACCUGGACCCGUUUCGCUAUCGCUGUGAGGGAUGACAAGGUGAUGUUCUACUACAACUGUGACUCAGACCCUCAAGUGAUGCGUCUCGAGAGAUCCCCAGAUGAGAUGGAGCUGGAGGGCGGUGCCGGCGUCUUUGUCGGACAGGCUGGAGGGGCUGACCCUGACAAAUUCCUGGGCGUGAUCGGUGAGCUGACGGUGGUGGGCGACCCGCGCGCCGCCGAGAGGCACUGCGAGGAGUAUGGAGACGACUCGGACAUGGCAUCGGGAGAAGGAAGUGGAUAUGAUGAAAACAGACGUCCCAAACCUCACGUGGAGAAGCACCGAUACACGACUGAGUCUCCAUCGCCCAUUCAGCAGCCACCAGUGCACAGGAAAGGAGAGGAGGCCAGCAUAAGAAUAACUGGGUCAGUUGCAGCUAAAGGAGAGAAGGGCACCAGAGGAGACAAAGGAGACAGGGGCCCUACUGGGCCAAAGGGAGAUGCAGACUCCAGCACCGGAUCUUCGGGUGGAUUCCGUGGAGAAAAGGGAGAAUCUGGUGAAAAGGGAGCAAAGGGCAGUGCAGGUUUUGGAUAUCAAGGCACGAAGGGUGAGCGUGGUGUUCCUGGCCUCCCUGGGCCCCCCGGCCCCCCAGGGCCUGCAACGGAGUACACACCCACCGGUGAUGGCUCAGUUGUUUCAAGAGUCUCGGGGCCUCAGGGACCACCUGGAUCACCGGGACCCCAGGGACCAGCAGGAGAUGAUGGAGAACCAGGUGAUCCUGGUGAGGAUGGAAAAACUGGUCCUCAAGGGCCGCCAGGCUUUCCAGGAACUCCAGGUGAUUCUGGACCCAGAGGAGAGAAGGGAGACCGCGGAGAAGGCCCUCCUGGCCCAAGGGGGGCCCCAGGACCUCCAGGAUCCCCAGGACCAGGGUUGAGAUCUACCUUUGUGGACAUGGAGGGAUCUGGCUUUCCUGAUCUGGAGUCUGUUCGGGGACAUCCUGGCCCCCCAGGCCCCCCUGGCCCUCCUGGUCUCCCUGGUCCCUCUACAGCACUGAGCUCCGGAGCAUUUGGACCCCCAGGCAAGGAUGGACUACCCGGACAACCUGGCUUGCCUGGUUUACCAGGAACUGAUGGCGUACCGGGAGUUCCUGGUCCCCAGGGAGAGAAGGGCGAUUCAGGCGAGCUGGGUCUUCCCGGAGCGGUUGGACAAAAGGGAUCUCAAGGAGAGCCCGGUGUGCCGGGACGUCCAGGAGAUCCUGGGCUCGCUGGCCUGCCAGGACCCAUGGGACCGGUUGGGCGUCCAGGGCUUCCUGGGCCUCCAGGACCAAGUUAUCGUGUUGGAUUUGACGACAUGGAGGGCUCUGGUCGGUUCACCGGUGGACUUCCAGGCAUCAGAGGACCAGUGGGAGUGCAGGGUCCUCCUGGAUUACCUGGACAUCCAGGCAAACCUGGGUUUCCCGGGUUAUCAGGUCCAAAGGGCGAAGAAGGUCCUGCAGGAAAAGAUGGGCAACCAGGUCUGGACGGGUUCCCCGGACCUCCGGGACAAAGGGGGGAACGAGGAGAUAGAGGAGAUAGGGGUGAUCCUGGUCGAGAUGGAACCGGACUCCCAGGUCCACCUGGUCCCCCCGGUCCACCAGGACAGAUAAUCUACCAGCCUACUGACAAUUUUGAAGGUGUUGCUGGCAGAGUUGGCCCUGAGGGCGGGGCUGGUUUACCCGGCCGAGCUGGAUUUCCAGGUCCUAUUGGGCCGAAGGGUGACAGGGGUGACCCCGGUCAACCGGGCUAUGGGCUGAAGGGUGAGAAAGGGGAACCAGGCUUAAUAAUGGGACCUGAUGGUAAUCCUCUCGCUGGAGGGCUAGCGGGUCCAAAGGGUGACAGCGGACUUCCUGGACCUGUUGGACCUCCUGGCUCUUUUGGACCUCCUGGAUUAAAGGGUGAAAUUGGAAUGCCUGGAAGACCUGGUCGCCCUGGUGUAAAUGGAUACAAGGGCGAGAAAGGAGAUGGAGGAGGUGGAGCAGGCUAUGGCUAUCCUGGAGUUCCUGGCCCACCAGGCCCACCGGGGCCACCUGGACUUCCUGGUCCAACCAGUGCUGUAGAUCGCUUCAAUCGUUAUGAUGACACCACAAGGAAUAACCCAGUAAUAAAAGGCGAAAAAGGAGAGCGUGGUGAUCGUGGAAUUCCAGGGAUCCCAGGAACAGCAUCCAAUUUUGAUAUCUACGCUUUCAAGAAUGAAUUUAAAGGAGAGAGUGGAGAUCCAGGUGUCAAGGGAGAAAAGGGAGAGCCCGGUGGUGGAUAUUAUGACCCACGGUUCGGAGGAUCACAAGGCACGCCAGGGCCACCUGGUUUACCGGGUCCAAAGGGAGAUUCUAUCAUGGGUCCACCUGGACCCCAGGGACCUACAGGAGCACCGGGGGUUGGCUAUGAUGGCCGUCCGGGUCCUCCAGGGCCACCUGGAGCUCCAGGACCCCAGGGGUCUCCCACAUUUCCCGGAUCAUAUCAGCCAAAUUAUCCUGUCAGCAUCCCUGGACCUCCGGGACCCCCCGGUGCACCAGGAAGUCCUGGUCAUUCCUCAGGCGUUACAGUUUUGAGGUCCUAUGACACAAUGAUUGCCACGGCCAGACGCCAGGAAGAGGGAAGUCUCAUCUACAUAUUGGACAGAGCUGACCUUUUUUUGAGAGUGCGGGAUGGACUACGACAAGUCAUGCUUGGAGAUUACAGUCCCUUUUUCAGAGAUUUGGAGAAUGAAGUGGCAGAGGUCCAGCCUCCACCUGUGGUUAUUUUCCCAAAGACCCAAGACGGGUCCCAAAGCAAUGGAGCUGGCCAUUACUCCCAGGGCAGUCCGGUCAUACAACCCAUCGCACCUCCACCACCUGCAGAGCCCAGAUACCCACCACGGUACGAGCCCAGAGUACCUGAGCAACGUUACCCGGGUCAGACAGAUGGACGAUUAGCCACCAACCCAAUCGAUGGCAGAUAUCCUGUGACUCCUCAGCGGCGACCCAACCCGCCUGUGCCGGGGCCUGUUGGCCACGACCAAACACCAGCGUUAGGACUUCAUCUCAUUGCCUUGAACUCCCCUCAAACUGGAAACAUGCGUGGCAUUCGCGGUGCAGACUUCCUGUGCUUCCAGCAGGCUCGCGCUGUCGGGCUGAAGGGAACCUUCAGAGCUUUCCUGUCCUCCAAACUUCAGGAUCUCCAAACGAUCGUCCGCAGAUCGGAUAGGGAGCGGACCCCCAUUGUGAACCUCAAGAAUCAAGUGUUGUUUAGCAGUUGGGAGUCCAUCUUUAGCGACAAUGAUAGUAAAAUGAGGGAGAACGUACCAAUCUACUCCUUUGAUGGGAGAGACAUCAUCAGGGACAGCGCAUGGCCUGAGAAAAUGGUCUGGCAUGGAUCGAGCGUCAAAGGCCACCGGCAAACGGACCACUACUGUGAAACGUGGCGGGCUGGUGACCGCGCUGUGACCGGCCUGGCGUCAUCGCUGCAGAGCAGCCAGCUCCUGCAGCAAAUCCCCACCAGCUGCUCCGGGUCCUACAUCGUCCUCUGCAUUGAGAACGCCUUCACGUCGCCCUCCGGCAAAUAAAUCAAGUCAAGUCCCCCUCUUUGGUUUGUGCAUUUUCUGGGCCCGAGUUAAACAAGUUAGCUGAUAGCGCAGUUUGUUGACACGUGCGUCCAGUGAACUGGCCCUGUGGCGCUUUGCCUGGCAGAAACACUUGGCAUCACCUGCUCCUCCCCUCCACAAACGCCAAAGAGAUGGGUCAAACAGAGGGGAGUUGCUCCUUUUUCUCGGGGCAUUGGCACAUAUUUUCUUCCAGGGAUAAAACAGCGGAGAAGAUUCCUGCGUACUCAAUUUGUAUUUUUUUUUUAAUUCUGUAUAUUACUUGUUUGCCAGAUGUGUUCUUUUUUUUUU